AUGGCCGCCAACGCCUCGUCCGACCACGACCCCGCGCUGUGUGUUUGGGCUACUGUCGUCCUCACCGCUGGACAGUCGGUCCAGAUCGUCCUCGUCCUUCCUCUGUCUCUGCUCGUGCUCUGUCUGGGAUUCCAGCGAUGGCGGCGGCAGAGGACUGUUCCCAUCAGCCACUGCGACUUCUUUUCCUAUAACUUAGCCAUCAUGGAGCUGAUUGGAGUCUUGGGGAGUGUUUUCUCCCUUUCUUACACUAUAACCCACGUUCCUAUUUCUUUAACAAUGGGGAUCGUUCUGGGGGCGUUCCCGUGGACUGGACAGAUGGUGUUUCCCAUCUUCACCUGUGUGGACCGAUACUUGGCCGUCGUUCACCCCAUCACCUACAUGAGACUCAAACAUGGCGGUGGGAGGAGGAUUAGACAGAUCAGUGCUGCCUUAAUUUGGCUGAUGAGUUUCACUUCGUUCGGCUUUGUAUUCUUUAUCGAUAAGUACCCUCGGUUGGCCUACAUACCAAGUGCCUGCCAAAUGCCUGUGUUUUUAAUUAUCAUGACUUUCUGUUGUGUGUCCACUCUCUGCGUUCUGAUUGGUCCUCGCCCGGGGGAGGGGCCCAGAGACAGGCAGAGAGUUGAUAGGUCAAAGCAGAGGGCCUGCAUCAUCAUCCUCAUGAUAAUGGUGGUGUUGUGCAUUCGAUUUGGAGGGACUCUGUUUCAAAAUGUGAUCAUUUCUUUUGCAACCAGUCCGUGUAGAAUAUAUAUGAUCCACACGACUCUGGUGUGGUUCAACCUGCCCUGCAGUCUGGUGUUACCUCUGCUGUAUCUGCACAGAGCACGGACACUACAACACAGGGAACACAACACACAGUCACAAUAA